AACAUUUAUCAUUUUUGAUAUUUCGUAUCGCACACCUAGAUUGCUCCGUAUCUACUUUUUGUAAUUUUAUUGAUUUUAAUUUAACAUAUCCUGUGAGUUAACUACGUUAGGGAUUGGGUAAUAAGAGUUUUAAGCUAUAACUAUGCCUGUUGCCGAAGUGCGGAGUUUAUUUCAAACAAGAUUAACUGAAAAUCCGGAUCACGGAUUUCAUCCAUUAGACUUUGACCGCACAAAAGAUGAAAAAUAUAUACGUAGAGUCCUCAAACAUUGUUCUGAAGAUCCUAAACAAGCUGCCGACAUGCUUUGGGAUAUAUUAACUUGGCGUAAAACUGUUGGAGCCAGUGAUAUAAAUGAGUCUAAUAUCAAAAUGGAUUAUGUAGAAGAAGGUAUAAUAUUUCCACAUAGUAGAGAUGUUGAUGGGUGUCUCUUACUGAUAAUUAAAUCCAAAAAACAUGUUAAGGGUACAAAGGAUUUUGAAGAAAUAAAAAAAAUAAUUAUAUACUGGUUUGAUCGUAUGGAAAGAGAGGAACAUGGAAAUAAAAUAUCAUUAUUCUUUGAUAUGGAUGGGUGUGGUCUUAGCAAUAUGGACAUGGAACUUAUACAAUAUUUAAUAUCACUUUUCAAGCAUUACUAUCCCAAUUUCUUAAACUACAUAAUUAUUUUUCAAAUGCCAUGGGUUUUAUCAGCUGCAUUUAAGAUUGUCAAAUCGCUUCUGCCGGCACAAGCAAUCGAAAAAUUAAAAAAUGUUAACAAGGACUCAUUAAAAAAUUUUGUCCUUCCUGACCAGGCUUUAACUUGCUGGGGCGGAACAGACAAUUAUGUCUAUGAAUUUACACCAGAAAAUCGUGUUACCCCAGAACAUACACCUAAAAAGGUCACAUUUGCACAGCAAAAUGAUAUAAAACCGUCAGGUGAUAUGCUUAAGAUACAGCCGAGUAAUUUGAUUGUAUUUAAACAGGAAAAUGAUGAUAUAAAUGGGCAAUUUACAAUCACAAACAAUGAUCCCUCUGUUAUAUCUUUUAAGAUUCGCACAACAUCUCCUGAAAAAUUCAGAGUACGACCAAGUUCAGGUGUUUUAGCUGUUGGAGCAUCCCAAACAGUCAUGAUUGUGGUUCAAUCAGGGUUCCAAUUGAAAAACGUGUCCAAAGAUAUGUUUCUUGUUAUGUGUAUGCAAGUACCGAAAACUGAUCUAUCACAGAAAGAGUUGAGUGAAAUUUGGCAGAAUAAUUCUGGAAACAAAGUAGAUGAAUACCGUCUGAAAUGUCAAUUCCCUGUUAAAGAGGUUAAGAAUGGGAAUGUUAUAGAUAAAGCUGACAAAUAUGAUUCAGUUACAAAUGCUUUAAAUAAUCUGCAAAUAAACUAUGAGAUUUUACACAAACAAGUUGAGAGAAUGAAGAUGUUUCAGUUUUUGACAUUGUUAUUAUCCAUUGUUGCUGUUGUAUUGGGAUACCUGGUGUAUAUGAAUACUUAUGAAGAUAGGUACUGUGAACAAAUUUAAAUAUUGCUAAGAAUAUAUUUCAGUUGAUAAAUUGGUCUAAAUAGUUUGCCCAGAAACAUCACAAAUUUAAUAUAUUACUGAUGUGGGGUAGUACAUAAUUAUUAUAUUUUAUUAAUAUUAACAAUUUUGUAUGAAAAUACAGACAGGUGUCAGUACUAAAACAUUUUUACCUGUAGAUAAACACAACACUAUUGAUUAUUCUCUGCGGUUAAGUUUUGGCUAUUGUGUAUAUAAUAAUAGUUCUUUGCAAGAUCAAUAGAAAGGAAUUGAAUAAAAAAAUAUUUAAGUAAAUAGAAUAUAGAUUUAUAAGGCAAUAAAUAAAUAAGCUUGAUUUUUCGAAAGACUCAAAAACUACCUGUAAUUUUGUAAUUAUUCAAUCAUUUUUGUUAAGAUAUAAAUAUAAUAUUUAGGAAUUGUCAUAUAUAUACUUUUUUAAAUUUGUGUAGUUCUAAACAAUCACUUCAACGCUGUAAAACUCUUUUAAUCGCCAGUUUAAGAUAAGAUACUUAACAUAAUCUAUUGGUAAAUCAUGAAAAUUAAUUUUUGUGUGAGUUCGAAUUCGAAUUAAGAUUAAACCGUAAAACUUAAACCAAUACUUGUAACUAACCUAAAAUGGAGGUUAAAAUUCAGUGUCGAGACUCGAAGCAAAGUAUGACUUGUAAUUUGUAUAUCAACUCCAACACAAUUUUGCCAUCAUUUUUCUGAAUCAUCUAAGUUCAAUUACGUCAACGAUUUGAUAUAAUAUGUUCUUUCGUCUUAGGUUUAUAGUUUAUGCUGAGCGUGUAUCUGUCAAAUGAGAUUAAUUAAGAAUAAUCCUAAGAGCGUCUAACGUGCGUAUUUUUUUAAGCUAUGUAGUGAAGUGUCACUUUAAUCGGGUUUACUGUAUAAAUUAAUUUUGUUUAUGGCAAUACGUUUUUUAAUGUGAUAAAAAAAUGCUAUGUAAAAAAGUCAUCGCAGCCCAUGUGCACCCAUUUGGGUGCGUUGCUGACCCAGGGACGACCCCAAUGUUCGAUUCCACAGCAUGAGAAUACUGUGAAAAAUUUGUUUAUUAGAAGAAUUUAGUAUUUUUUAGAUAUUCUCUAAGCAUUUUGAAUGUUUUAGGUUGUAGAAUGUAUGAGUUGUUCAUAAUUGUAAUUUAUUAUUUUUAGCGUUCUCACUUUACUGAGGGGGAAACAAAUUUUGAUGCAUUUAAGUAUGAACGGAUAGUGGAAAUUAAUGUAGGCAAAUUAAAAAAAAUUACUUAAUUACGCGAAUGUUACAUUUUAAAUAAAAUUUAACGAUUUGUAGCGAGUUUAAUUAUCAAUUAUGCAAUUAUUGCUUCAUGUGGCACAGCGUUGCGUGUAGUUUAAUCAAGGUAACGUUUUGAAAUCAAUUAAGUACUUGUAAUAACGCGUUCUAAUACUGUAUUUUUCUUUACAAAAUCACAGGCACCAAAGAGGCCUAGAGUACAAAUCUAUUUUAGUUUUGUUAUAACUGUAGUAAAUAAUAAAUAUAUCUUAUUUAUUAAUAAAUGUACUUUAAUUUCUAUUUUUUUAAUGUUGGUAGUAUAAGUUUAUACGGUAUUUGUUACCAUGGCAACGUAACACCAUACACCCAGGGAGUACUGUUUCCGCCAGAUGCAUUGUUUUUAUAUUAAAAUCACAUCGGAACCAUAGUAAUUUACGCUUGUGGUAAAAGACACGAACUGCUGACAACUAACCAACAUCAAAUGGGUCGUUCUAGUAUUACGUAAGCAGAUUUACUGCAAUCCCCCCCCCCCCCCCCUCUUAUCAGCAAAAAGCAAAGCUGUCAAAAUAAUAGUACAUAUAAUAUUUUUUAUAAGAAUCAUCGAAAAUGCAUAUCGUUUUCAAGCAUAGACAACGUGUGAGUACUAUGUAAAAAAGUAAAUAAUUCACGUCGACGUAAUGACCAAAUACGAAUCACAAGAAGCUUAAAUUUAAUUGUGUUGUCUUUAUUAAGUUUCUAUAAUAAAAUAAUAUGCUUGUAAACUUAA